UAACCCUGAAUUCACCCAAAAACGACCCUCCAACACAUGCGUGGUUCAAUUUCAAAUUUGCAGUCUAAUCGCAUGAUGCAAUUACUUUUUCUCUUUUUUUAUCCUCAUUUUCCCAUUUUCACCCUUUAAUCUUAACCAAUUAUCGAAGUUACCACUACACUCGCAAUCCUGAUUAACAGGACCGGGCUUGGCACACUCUUAAUUGACUCACAAAAAUUCCCAAUCGAACCCUAAUUGUCCUUUUAUAACUAUUAUUGUAUAGAUAGCCUUUUAACAUUAACGGCCUAUACCCAGUAAGUCCAGGCAAAAGCAACCGGCUAACGGCUGUCUAAUUUACUAUCCCCGCACCUCCUUCCAUCGCUUCUAACUAGGAUUUUAUAUUCCUCUCUCCCCCGUAUAUAAUCACAAUUGUUGAAGCUCUUUUCCUUCUUUAAAAUUAACGUCAGCAAACAACCAACAUUGUUCUCUGUUUUCUCUCCAAAAAAAAAAAAAAGUUUUUAGUUCUCAUAAAAUUUCGUCUCUUAAAAGUUUUUACUACAAUCACAAGAAUUCUUUCCACAAUCUGAAAAAUACAACUUUUUUCUUGCUCGAAAAUAGCUAUGCUUACGUAGACUAUUUUUUUUUUCUUUUAAUUUUUACAAUUUAGACAGUUUAAAAAAAAAAAAGAAGAAAGUUCAUAUUCGUUUGUUUUUGCUGUUUGGAAAAUUAUUUUCAUUGAUGUGCCUUUAUCUGCAAGUAAUGUGAAUUUACUUGAAAAAUUGUUUUUGCAGGUGUUCUGUUGGGGAGGUGUGGAGAUAAAAAAUUUUUUUCUUCGUUUGGUGAUUUUCUGUUUGGUUUCGAGAUCUGCUCUGUGUUGGUUUAAAUGACUGUGUUUUUGUUGGUGGUACGAAUUUCCUUUUGGAGAUGAUCGAAGUUGAAAGCAUGAUUUGUUGGUGAAAAUAAAGAAAAAAUAAAAAAGAGAGAAAAAGUUUCUGUUUUAUUUGAAAAAGAAAAAAGGGAAAUGAAGCGGUCUAGAGAUGAAGUUUACAUCGUCGGCGGCUCUCAACUUAAAAGACCGGUGGUUUCUUCUAGAGGAGAAGGCUCUGGGCAACCAAAGAUGGCGGGAGGGACAGGAGCUACGCAGAAGCUGAAGUCAAAUGACGCAUUGGCGUAUCUCAAGGCGGUUAAAGACAUAUUUCAAGAGAAAAGGGAGAAAUAUGAUCACUUUCUUGAAGUAAUGAAAGACUUCAAGGCUCAAAGGAUUGACACUGCCGGUGUCAUAGCAAGGGUGAAGGAGUUAUUUAAAGGGUAUCGAGACCUAAUUUUGGGAUUCAAUACCUUUUUGCCUAAAGGAUAUGAGAUCACUCUCCCACUAGAGGAUGAACAACCUUCCCAAAAGAAGCCAGUGGAGUUUGAAGAAGCUAUUAAUUUUGUGAACGAGAUUAAGAGAAGGUUUCAGGGUGAUGACCAUGUCUAUAAGUCAUUUUUAGACAUUUUGAACGUGUAUAGAAAAGAAAACAAGUCUAUCACUGAGGUCUACCAGGAGGUUGCUGCUCUUUUCCAAGACCACCCAGAUCUGCUUUUGGCGUUCACUCAUUUUCUGCCUGAUACAUCGGCAACAGCAUCUAAUCAUUAUGCCUCCUCUGGUAGAAACUCUAUACCCCGAGACAGGAGCUCUGCUAUGCCUGGAAUGCGUGCAGUGCCUGCUGACAAGAAAGAUAGGACUACAGCUCUGCAUACUGACCGUGACCUUAGUGUGGAACUCCCUGAUCCAGAUACAAAUAGAGUUAUGAUGAAAGGAGAAAAAGAGCAAAGGUGGCAUGGUGAAAAAGAAAGGGACAAAAGAGAAGACAGAGAUAGGAGAGACCAAGAACAUGAUGAUCGAGACAUUGCUAAUGAUGGCAGCAGAGACUUCAACAUGCGGUUUCCACAUAAACGGAAUGGAAAACCUGCUUAUAGGGGUGAAGACUCAGGUGUUGAGCAACUGCAGCAAGUUGGAGACGGCCCUGCAUAUGUUGAUAAAAAUGCAAUGAAAAGUGUGUAUAAUCAGGAAUUUGCUUUUUGCGAUAAAGUGAAGGAGAAGUUACGAAAUCCUGAUCGUUAUCAGGAAUUUUUGAGGUGCCUUCAUCUCUACAGCAAUGAAGUAAUCUCACGCACAGAAUUGCAAUUAUUGGUUAAUGAUUUGCUUGGAAGUUACCCAGAUCUGAUGGAUGGUUUCAAUAAGUUUUUGGUGCGAUGUGAGAAGAAUGAGGGCUUGCUUGCUGAUUUUGUUAGUGAAAAAUUCUUGCGGAAUGAAGGACAGUUACCUAGAUCACUUAAGAUGGAGGACAGGGAUAGAGAUCGUGAAAGGGAUGGAGUCAAAGAUAGAGACCGCGAAACUGGGGAUAGGGAUAGACUUGAUAAAAGUUCCUUUGGCAAUAAAGAUGCAGGAAGUCAUAAGGUUUCUUUAUUGUCCAGCAAAGAUAAAUACAUGGGCAAACCCAUUAAUGAACUUGACCUCUCUAACUGUGAACGCUGUACUCCUAGUUAUCGACUUCUUCCUGAGAAUUAUCCAAUACCUUCUGCUAGCCAGAGAACCGAGCUAGGCUCUGAAGUGCUCAAUGAUCAUUGGGUUUCUGUCACUUCAGGGAGUGAGGACUACUCUUUCAAACACAUGCGCAAAAACCAGUAUGAAGAAAGCCUAUUUCGAUGUGAAGAUGACAGGUUUGAACUGGAUAUGUUGGUAGAGUCUGUGAACGUAACAACCAAGCGAGUAGAAGAACUAUUAGAAAAGAUUAACAAUAAUACAAUCAAAAUAUACAGUCCAAUUCGCAUGGAGGAGCACUUCACAGCUCUUAAUCUUAGGUGCAUUGAACGUUUAUAUGGUGACCAUGGACUUGAUGUGAUGGACGUAUUAAGGAAGAAUGCCCAUCUUGCUUUGCCAGUUAUUUUAACCCGCUUGAAGCAGAAACAAGAAGAAUGGGCUAGAUGUCGUUCUGAUUUUAAUAAAGUUUGGGCUGAAAUUUAUUCUAAGAAUUAUCAUAAAUCGCUUGAUCAUUGUAGCUUCUAUUUUAAGCAGCAGGAUUCCAAGAACUUAAGCACAAAAGCUCUGUUGGCUGAGAUCAAAGAAAUCAGUGAGAAGAAGUACAAAGAAGAUGAUGUGCUUCUUGCUAUUGCUGCUGGAAACAGUCGACCUAUUAUUCCAAAUUUGGAGUUUGAAUACCCUGAUCCUGAAAUUCAUGAAGAUCUUUAUCAGCUCAUCAAAUAUUCCUGUGGAGAAAUGUGUACAACUGAAGAAUUGGAUAAAGUAAUGCAAAUAUGGACUAUCAUCUUGGAACCCAUGCUUUGUGUUCCUUCCCGUCCUCAGGGAGCACAGGACACUGAAGAUGUUGUGAAGACUAAGAACAACAACGUUAAAAACAGUAGUGCUAGUGUUGGUGAGAGUGAAGGGAGCCCUGUUGAUGGUGUUGUUGCCAUGAAUUCGAAGCAUUCAAAUCCUUCCAGAAAUGGAGAUGAAAGUAUUCCACCUGAGCAAUCAAGUUCUUGUAGGUCUUGGAUGCUUAAAGGGGAUAAUGGUGUCAAACAAGAUGGUUCUGCCAAUAUAGAUCGUGUUGGUCAUAAGAACGAUUCCUCCUGUGAUGCUCCUCAACAAGAUAGAAUGCAGGUUAAUCCAGCUAAUGGUGAUGAAAUAUCAGGGGUCAGUGAACAAGCCAGUUCCAAUGAACGAUUAGUCAAUUCAAAUGCAUCUCUUGUUGCCAGAGUGGAGCAAAGCAAUGGAAGAACUAGUCUAAAGAAUGCUUCAGGUCUUAGUGCUAAUCCUUCCAGACCUGGUGACGCUGCUGUUGAGAGUGGAUUUGAGUUAAAGUCAAUUAAUGAAAAUUUACCUUCAUCAGAGGGUGGCAAUUGUUCUAGACCAAUCUUAUCUGGCAAUGGGAUGAUAACAGAAGCAAUUAAAAGUCACAGAUAUAAUGAAGAAUCUGUUGGACAACUUAAAGUUGAAAGGGAAGAAGGUGAGUUAUCGCCAAAUAGGGAUUUUGAGGAAGACAAUUUUGUGGAUUAUGGAGAAGCUGGUUUAGAGACUGCCCAUAAGGUGAAGGAUGGUGCAGCAAACAGACAAUGCCAGAGACAUGGAGAGGAAGAAGCAUGCUGCAGAGAGGUUAAGGGAGAGAAUGAUGCUGAUGAUGAAGCUGAGGAAAGUGUUCAGAGGACAUCAGAAGAUAGUGAGAAUGCUUCUGAGAAUGGUGAGGUUUCUGGAAGCGAUUCUGGUGAAGGUGAAUCAAGGGAGGAGCAAGAGGAAGAUAUAGACCAUGACAAACAUGAUGAUAAAGCAGAGAGUGAAGGUAAGGCUGAACGGAUGGCUGAUGCCCAUGAUGUGGAAGGGGAUGGAACAUUGUUACCAUUUUCAGAAUGUUUUCUAGUAACUAUAAAGCCCCUUACAAAGCAUGUCCCUUGGGCAUUACAUGAGAAUGAGAAGGAUUCACGGGUUUUUUAUGGAAAUGACUCAUUUUGUGUGCUUUUUAGGCUUCACCAAACAUUGUACGAGAGAAUACAAUCAGCAAAGAUUAAUUCAUCAUCUGCAGAUAGGAAAUGGAGGGCAUCAAGUGAUCCAAGUCCUACUGAUCUCUAUGCCAGAUUCAUGAGUGCACUUUACAAUUUACUUGAUGGCUCUUCUGACAAUACAAAAUUUGAGGAUGAUUGCCGAGCUAUAAUUGGAACUCAGUCAUAUGUUCUAUUCACGCUGGAUAAGCUGAUAUAUAAACUUGUCAAACAGCUUCAAGCUGUUGCAAGUGAUGAAAUGGACAAUAAGCUUCUUCAACUAUAUGCAUAUGAGAAAUCAAGAAAAUCUGGAAGAUUUGUUGAUGUUGUUUAUCAUGAAAAUGCUCGUGUUCUCCUUCAUGAUGAAAAUAUAUAUCGUAUUGAAUGUUCUGCAUGUUAUAUUUCAUGUUUGCAGUCUUCCACACCAACUCAUCUUUCCAUCCAGCUUAUGGACUAUGGGCAUGAUAAGCCUGAAGUGACAGCUGUUUCCAUGGACCCUAAUUUUGCAGCAUAUUUGCACAAUGAUUUUCUCUCGAUUGUUCCCAAGGAAAAAGGGAAGCCUGGAAUUUUCUUGAAGAGGAAUAUACGCAAAUGUGUGGGUGGUGAUGAGCUUUCUUCAACAUGCCGGGCAACAGAAGGACUUAAAGUCGUUAAUGGUUUGGAGUGCAAGAUUGCUUGCAAUUCUUCCAAGAUGUCAUAUGUUUUAGAUACAGAAGAUUUUUUGUUCCGAAUGAGGCAGCAGCCAGCCUCGAAUCAGAACAGCUCAUGCCAUAACCAGGCAACCAAUGGUAGUUCAAUUAGACUACAAAGGCAACAGCGAUUUCAGAGAUUGCUUCUGGCAUAUACUUUAAUGGCAUAAGUAGAUACGGUACGUCUGAAUCCAUUUGCUGCUAUCUAUUUGCUCGAAAUUAAAGGAAAAAGAGCAUAAUUUAUAAGCGAAAUCCAAUUCCUUAUAUUCCAAAUUAAGUGAUCCCAAGGUAAAAAGAUGACAUAUCCUCUGACAUUUUUGCUUCAGAUAUAUAUAUAUAUAUAUAUAUAUAUUUUAGUUUUAUCAGUUGGGUUAUGCAUGAAUUAGAUUCUCUAGACGUUGAAAGAGUUUGACAGUGCCAGAGCAAGUGGAAAACCUUUUUUUGAAAGCAUCGUUCAAUGUACUAUUAUGAUAUUUCUAUCUCACCAACCAAAUAAGAAAUAUUGAGGGAUGAGGGCUUGGAAUGAUUGUAGUUAUUAUCUUUGUAAGUCGGUGAUGGAAAUUUAGCCACAGUAGUGUACAUAGAGGGAAUAUGAUAUCUGGUGUAUCACCCUCAAAUAUAUAUAUAUAUAUAUAUAUAUAUAUAUAUCUUGAACUGAUCUAAAUUUAGCCACAGUAGUGUUCAAUAGCCAUUCAUCUAAAUUUUUUGAACUCAUUUUUUUUGCUCCCACUGAAAUCUUCUUAGGCUCUUCUCCAUUUGAUGAAGCUUGCACUGCUUCAGUUUUAGUAUUAUUAUAUUAAUUAUUGAUGUGCAUACCAGCUUUACACUUACAAAUGGAUUAAAUUUAUUGUUUGUUUUGCCGUAGCAUAUCUCUUAUAAUAAAAAAGUUGAA